GGUUCUGUGUGUAUGUGUGCGUAUACUUGUGUGUGCUCAGUCAGCAGUGCGCGCCGCCGCAGCAGGAGGGCUCCGCCGCCGUGUGCCGUGAACGCGCCUGUCCAUGCGGUUUGAUUGAAGAAGAAGAAAAAGCAGGGGACAGGAAAAGACACAGCUGAUGGUGAGAAUAAAAAGAUAUGAAGCGAACAGUGAAGCGCAGAACAGAGACCGGGUCUAUCCUCUCAUCUGACGCCGGCGCCGGUGCUCCGGGCUCCGGUUCUCCGCUCGGCUCCUGUGCUCUUUGUGAGCUGGUUCACACACAGACCCGGGUUGAAUGAAGAUUAUCCACCGGAGAGAGACUCGUUAGUUUGGACACGUUAUUAUUUCACAUUGGAGCUUUAUUUUUCUAUAUUUUUCUUUUCUGUGGAGGCUCGUGCUGUUUUUUUCCUGCUGGAUUUUAUAAUCUUUUGUCUGGAGAAACUGGGAUCGAUGCUGCGGUGAAGUCACUGACACUGACCGCAUAUCCGCUCUUUAAUUACCGCUCAUAUCAGCCUCUAAAUGCUUUAAUCGUAUUGACGACACGAUGAUGGUGGGAUCUUUUACCCCCACAUAACGACACGGUGCAUUUAUAAACCAUUUUAAUAUAUAUUUUUAUAUAUCAUUAUUAUUAUAAUUGCCUCUGUGUCUCGCCCAGUUUCUUUUGUGUGGAUUUGGGUUAUUUCAGUCAGUCCCGGUCGGUCUGUCCUGGCACCAUGCCAGAGUGUGUGUCGGUGUCAGAGUUCGUGCAUGAGGUCCAGGAGGACUGGAGCUCGCCCACCACCUCAUCCUUCACCUCCAAGAUGAUGAGCUGCAGGAACACCGUCUCCCUGCUGGAGGAGGCUCUGGACAGUGAUCGGCUGGUGUUGCAGAAGAUGAAGAAAGCUGCUAAAGCCAAAUACACAUCAGGACAAGACCACGUGUCUCACCUGGAGCAGUACAUCAGUUCGAUGGAGAAGCUGUCGGUAAACUGUCACUCAAAUGGAGAGCCAGAGGUCGGCUCUGCUUUCUAUCGUUUUGCUGAUUUUUCUAAAGAGCUCGUCGCUCCCAUGAAGAAUCUGCUGAAGAGCAUGCUCUACAACAUCAACUUCUUCUUGGACUCUCUGGUUAAAGGAGACCUGAGGGAGGUGAAGGGGGAUCUGAAGAAGCCUUUUGAUCGAGCGUGGAGGGACUAUGAGAGCAGAUUUAAGCAGGUGGAAAAGGAGAAGAGGGAGUUGGCCCGUCAGUAUGGGAUGGUUAGGACCGAGGUGAGCGGAGGGGAGAUCGCAGAGGAGCUGGAGAAGGAGAGACGCUCCUUCCAGUUGAGCAUGUGUGAGUAUCUGAUUAAGGUGAAUGAGAUAAAGACAAAGAGAGGAGUUGACCUGCUGCAGAACCUCAUCAAACACUACCACAGCCACAACAAUUUCCUGCAGGAGUGUGUUUCCACCACUCAGAGGCUGAAGCAGUACAUGGAGGAGCUGCAAGGUGUCCUGACCACGGUAAAGCAGCGUCAUGAGGAGGAGAAGAGACAGCUGUGUGUUCUCAGAGAUCAGCUGAGACCAGUCGUCCACACUGAACAGGACUCUCUCCCUAAGCCAGUGUACAGUAUGCACCAGCUGCUGGGCGACAAACAGUAUGGAACAGAGAGAACAGGACUCCUUUAUAAGAAGAGUGACGGGUUGAGGAAAAUGUGGCAGAAAAGGAAGUGCACAGUCCACAACUGUUACCUGACCAUUGCACAUGCUACUCCUAACAAACCUCCCACCAGACUAAACCUGCUCACCUGCCAAGUCAAACCCAGUGUGGAGGACAAGAAAUGCUUCGAUCUUAUCUCUCAUAAUCGGACCUACCACUUCUUGGCUGAAGAUGAUGCUGAGUGUGUGGCCUGGAUCUCAGUGCUCAGUAACAGUAAGCAGGAGGCUCUGAGCAUGGCUCUGGAUGGAAGCCGGAGAGGGGGGCGAGUGGGGGAGAGCAGUGUGGAGGAUCUGACCCGGGCCAUCACUGAUGACGUCAGGAGGAUGCCAGGAAACAACGUCUGCUGUGACUGUGGAGCUCCAGAUCCUGGAUGGCUCUCGACCAACCUGGGUAUCCUGACCUGUAUCGAGUGUUCAGGUAUCCACCGAGAGAUGGGGGUCCAUGUCUCCAGGAUCAAGUCUUUAAGUCUGGACAGUCUGGGCACCUCAGACCUGUUGUUGGCCAGGAAUGUUGGUAACUGUGGUUUUAACGAUAUACUGGAGGCAAAUCUUCUGAGUCCGUCACUGAAGCCGUCCCAAGACAGUCACAUGGCAGAGCGGAAGGACUACAUCCUGUUGAAAUAUCAGAACGUUCAUUUUGCGAGGCGGAGCCACAGCUCUGCUGCAGCGCUGCGUGCCGGCCUGCAGGAGGCGACCAAGAACUGCAACAUCUACAGUCUGAUCCAGCUGUAUGCUCAGAGGACAGACCUGACCCAGCCACUGCACUCACACAUACAGGAGAAGGGGGAAAGUGCGCUCCAUCUUGCCGUCCUUUUGGCCGACAGAACUUCACUGCACAUCCUGGAAUUUCUGGCUCUAAACUGUGCCAAUGUUGACGUUCAGACGUCAUCAGGGAACACAGCGCUGCACUACAGCUGUCUGCACAACAAGGUCGACUGUGUGAAGCUGCUGCUGAGAGCCAGAGCCAACACACACAUCAAGAAUGAGUUGGGAGAGACCGCUCUCGACGUAAGCCGCAAGUUAAAGCACAACCACUGUGAGGUGCUGCUGCAGCAGGCCCAAUCCGACCAGUUUGACCAUCACGUUCAUGUGGAGUACGAGUGGCGGCUCCGUCACGACGAUCUCUACGAUAGUGAUGAAGAGUAUGAUGACAAGAAUGGCCCAGUGAAGAAGGAGCGCACCUUGUCCUCCUCUUCAUCUUCCUGCACCUCCUUCUCCUUUGCCACCCGUCCCUUCAGCUUCAGUCAGUCCAUGUCCAUCACUCCGCCCUCCUCUGGGGCAACAGGAGGAGCAGGUCUGCUCAGCGUGGGCAGGAGGCUCGCCAUGGCCAUGGACCUCCACAGUCGCACCUCUGGCUCUGUUCCAAGUCCACCUCCACCUCCUCCGUCUUCCCCUGCACCCCCGCUGCCACCCAGGGUCAAAGCUCCCAAUGUUCCUCCUCCUCCCCCUCCUGCUGGGGGGGAGGGGUUGGGUGGAGAGGAGGAGGAAGAAGGGGAGGUCUUCUUCCCCAUGACAGGAAACAGAAAGUCAACCCCUGCUCCUCCAAAUGUCAUCCAACACAAGAGGAGCUGCUCCGAGUCCAGCUCACAUGAUUACGGGUUGCCAACCAGCCCCAGGAUCUACAGUGGUCCAGACUCCUCCUUUAAGAAGUGUAUUCCAGGGUCUCCUCUCGGCUCACUGGCUGAACGGCCUCACAGAGGCUUUCGGAGGGCGGACAGCGACGGCAGCUCCUCCCACUUCCUGCAUCCUGCAAGCAAAGCUGCGCCCAAUGGAUCUCCCACCAAUCAUCGCUCACAGAGCUUUGAGAGUGACAACCGAGGCCCCACCCCCCAGCCGCUACCACGCAGAUCAGCGCCUCGAGGCUCGACAAGUUGGCGCGUUCAGGCGUUGUACGACUGCCAAGCCGACCACCACGAUGAGCUGAGCUUCAGCGAGGGACAGGUGCUGGUGGUGCUGGGACAGGAGGACAGCGAUUGGUGGCAUGGUUACAUCGAGGAUGAACCAGACCAGAGAGGUUUGUUCCCGUCUUCCUUCGUCCAGUUGCUCUCAGCCUGACAUAAAACUGGACCAGUGCAGGACAAAACCAGGCCCGGGACCAGCACUGAUAAAAACCACAGCAAUGUCAGGAAAACUGAACCAAACCAGAACCACACUGGAUCCUCGGUUAGCAGCAGAAGCCAAACCCAACAUCUUCAAUGGAACAGGUCAGCAAUCUGGUCCAGAGAAGCUCCAGCAUCUUGUGCGUCACAUGACCGCAGUCCAGCCACCGCUGUCAGCCGAGUUGUAGCGACUUAGUCUUUUACUAACACUGGAAAAGUUAGGACACGUGCUCCAGUUAAAAUACUUGACCAGACUGUGUGUGGCUUUGGUCAUGAGGUAACAUUACCAUGGGGAUGGCCUUGCACUGUCUGACCGGGCAUGAUUAAUAGGUGAAGUUGACUUUAUUUAUUUAAACUGAAAGCUAAUAUUUACUGAAGCACAGAGAUAAGAGCAGGAUACAACAAUCCACAACACUCAUCUGAACAUGUUCACUGUUAAUUUAACUAUUUAAAAGCUCAAAAAAACAAGAGUUCACACAGCUCCACAUGACUGCGUUUCUCAGUAUGGCGGCGUUUUGUUUUUCGCGUUGCCCUUCGACAUUCCUGCACUGCACACACAGUAUUUUACGUCACGACUGAUGGAGGCCGUAGCAACCUACUACAAAAGUGAUAUGUAUAUAAACAUACAUAUAUAUGUAUAUGUAUAAUGUACAACAUCCAUCAAACUGAAUCUGAUGUCCUGUACAGCAGAAGACCAAGAGCUCCCCGUCUCUCCACACUCUCACACGUACAGUACAUAGAGAGAGAGGUAAUUACCUGGAAUCCUCAGGACUCAGUAGCAAGUUGAUGCCACCAUUUCUGGCUUCUACUCUUUGAGUGGCAGGACCUGAUGAGUCCUUUAAUGGACCAGAUCUGAUGAGUGACACCAACAACCAAAGGAGUUAAAAAACAUAAAUGGCAAAAACAAACAGGUCUCCUCUAAAUUCAGGUCUUUGUUAAUGUGUGAUCAUGGAUUUGACCUGAACACUGAGUGUGAGACACAUCUGAUCCUUCCAGCUGCCUUUACUGUCCUGAGAUAACACAACACCUCAGUAAGUACCAUCAUGCAUUACUGCCAUUACUAGACAAAUGCAAGUACAGUUUCUUGUUAGAAGACGGGAGAGUCCCACCAGGACCUGUACAGGCCACACUCCUUCCUUCCACUGCCUUCUGUACGUCCGUGCAAUCUCUCAUUCAGCGUUUCUUUCAUAUGCUUUUUAAGCACAGAAAAACAACAGCGGCCAUGUUUUCAAAGAAGAAAACUGAAGCACAUUUAAUAAACGUCAUCCUCACUUCUUUCUUGACCUUAUCCAUUAAAACAUCCUCACCAUGCUGCGUUAAAAAAAACAACAACACAUCCCAUUGACUCGCUCUUCUAACUGUCAUUUUCUGCUAUGACAUGAACAUCUAGGGCUGAUGGGAAAUGUUGUUUGUUAAAUGCAAACCAAAAUCAUUGAUAUUAGAUAGUUUAUAUAAACCCUUGGUAUCGUCUGGAUUCUCACAUGGAUUCACUUCAUUUUUAUUGGUACAAUCUAAAUAAUCAUGACUCAACAAGAAACUUAAAACACGUUAGUGAUUCUUUAUCAUAAAAACACGGAGUAGCAAUAAACACCCAUUUUGCGUUACUAUUGUUAAGUUUGGUGAAAAUAUAAAACAUGAGAAAAUUACAUUGAAUUAAAUAAAUACCCCCCCCCCCCCAGUUUGAUGGUUCCAACUUACC